AUGAGCUUUGACGAGGAGCAGCUCUCUGACCUAUAUUCAGCCUUUCCCGAAUUGCAGACCAAUGGAGCCAUCUCAGCGGAUGACAUUAGACCCGCUCUGGAGAAACUUGGAUGUGCCAUAGCCGGGCACGAGUUGAGGGAGCUCCAAGGUGGGCGGCGACGGGGCAACGCGCUCUGUGAUCUCGAUGAAUUGUACCACAUCUACAGUCAGGCUAAGGCCAUUAAGAUCGACUCCAAAAAAAUCAUAAAAGAUGCCAUUCUUAAGGGGAUCCGUGAAGCAAAGGCAUAUGAUUCCGAAGUUGGCGGAAAACAUACAGUCACUUAUUCAGAAGAGAAGGCCUUCACAAAUUGGAUAAACAAGCAUCUGAAGGGUGAUCCGGACUGUGAAAGCUUGGGACUAAUUCCGAUUGAUUCCGAGGUCGAUGGACAGCUGUACGACCGCUGCAAGAACGGAAUAAUUCUUGCCAAAAUGAUCAACGUUGCUGUGCCCAACACAAUCGAUGACCGAACUCUCGAAAAGGCUGAGUCACUCAAGGCGAUAUUUAAGAGAAAUGAAAACUUGACAUUGGUUGUGAACUCCGCCGCGGCUAUUGGAUGUUGCAUGGUCAACAUCGGUCCGGAAGAUAUUUCCGGGGGUCGACGACACAUCGUUUGUGGGCUCAUCUGGCAGCUGAUCCGCAAGGCUAUCGUCGACACCAUCACUUUAGCCCAGCACGGCGAACUGGCCUCGCUUCUUUCUCCCGGUGAGACCCUGGAGGAACUUGCUUCCUUGAAGCCCGAGGAACUGCUAAUGCGGUGGGUGAAUUUCCACCUCGCCAACGCUAACAGCACCCGGCGUCUCACCAACUUCACUACUGAUCUUUGUGAUUCUGAAAUUUACGCGAUUCUCAUGGAACAGAUAACGCCCCUCGACCUGCGUGCCCGUCUUAUCAAUUCUAAGGUGAUCAUGGAGGAACCGUCGUUAGAAAAGCGCGCUCAUAUGGUCAUGGAGAAUGCAAAGCUGCUGGAUGCGGGCACCCUUCUCAUUCCUGAGGAUAUCUAUACAGCCAAGCCUGGGAGUCAUAGUGACAAGCUGAACCUGGGUUUCAUUGCAACCCUCUUUAACAUGUACCCUGGUUUGGAAACUCCGGGAGAUUUGAACAUCCAACCGGAGACUCUAGAAGAAAAAACAUACCGCAACUGGAUGAAUUCAAUGGGCGUUACACCAAUUGUGUCAAAUCUCUAUAGCAAUCUUAGCGAUGGUCUCGUUCUGCUUCAAUUGAUUGAUAUUAUUCGACCCGGAACGGUGGACUGGAAGCGUGUGACCACAACCUUCGAUUCGAUGAGGUCGCUCUUCCAGAAGCAGACUAAUUGUGUUCUGGUGAUCGAGUAUUCUGAGAAGAUUGGUAUCAAAUUAGUUAACAUUAGUGGUGAGGAUAUUCGUGAAGGAGCUACAAAACAGAUCCUCGGGCUUUGUUUCCAGUUUAUGAGGGCGUACACCCACAAACUGCUUAAACAGGCCAGCGGCGAAGGUAGUACAGCUCCCAUCGAAGACUCUGAAAUCCUCGCGUGGGUGAACGACCGACUCAAGCUGGUCGGAGAGACACCAAUUAACGGUUUCCGAGAUCCAGCCCUCGCCAGUGCCCGCCCAAUUGUCGCGGUCCUCGAAAGUAUUGUCCCCAAGGGGGCCUCCCGUGGCAUGCUCACGAAUGACGACUUCGCCAACGCUGUCUACGCCCUGUCGUCGUGCCGAAAGGCGGGAGCACGAGUCUACGCCCUUCCCGAGCACAUCUGUACCUGCAACAACAAGAUGAUAGUCACCAUCUUUGCUUGUCUCAUUCGAGGGAUGUGCUGUUCGGUGGAGCGUCAUGAACUGUCGGAGCUGGUCGCGGAUCUCUCAGAGUCUUUUCCUACACUAUACCGAGGCUGGUUACCACGACACCAAGUACGGGAGGCUUUGGAACGAGCUGGGUUCCCUCUUUCUGGAGGAGAUUUUAGAUGUCUAGUGGAGGAAGAGUUUUUGCGACCAGGAUAUGAUCAUAUCUGUGUGGAUACACUCACGGAAAUCCUCAAGAUGCUGCUCAGUAAUCAGGAAAAACAAAAGCUGGUUGAGAAGAAAAGGGAACUUAGAGAGAGAGCUGACCUAAGGGUCUACGAGAGCGAGGACCAGGAGAACUCAACGGCCACAGCAAAACACUCCGUUAGCCCGGCGGAGGAGCGCGCGUUUAUUGAUUGGAUAAACCGCCUGCUGGCCUCUGAUCCUGACCUGAGGCAUCAUCUUCCCAUUGACCAUUCUGUGGACGGACAAUUGUACGAACGAUGCCGUGAUGGUCUUCUUUUAUGCAAACUAAUCAAUGCUGCCGUGCCUGAGACAAUUGAUGAACGAUGCAUCAAUAAAACUCCCAAUAAGGCGAAUAUUUUUAAGAUUAACGAGAACCUGACAUUGGCAGUGAAUUCCGCUGAAUCAAUUGGAUGUUGUGUGGUCAAUGUUGGUCCAGAGGACAUUGAACAAUGCGCGCGUCACCUAGUACUCGGUCUCAUCUGGCAAAUUAUUCGCAUUGGCUUGCUCGGAAUGAUUUCUGUUCAACAUCAUAGUGAGUUCAUUGAUCUUUUGGAACCGGGAGAGACAGUAGAUAACUUGCGGCUCCUGUCACCUGAGGACUUGCUCCUUCGCUGGGUAAACUUUCAUCUGGAAAUGGCGGGCAACACUCACAGGAUGACCAACUUCUCCUCCGAUAUAAUGGAUUCAGAAAUAUACGCCACUCUGCUCCAACAAAUCGCUCCCGAAGACAAACAGGCAUUUCUAAUACCUGUGACAGGAAUCAUGGCUGAGAGCAACAUGUACUGUCGUGCAGAAAUGGUUCUCGAGAAUGCAGAAUUUCUUAGUGCGGCGGCUUUUAUUACACCCGAAGACAUCGUAAAAGCUGCGGAGCGUGGAAUGAAUCGCGACAAACUGCACCUCGUCUUUGUUGCCAAUCUCUUUAAUCUCUACCCGGGUCUUAAGUCGAAGGCUCCCAUGGAUAUUCCUGAGACGCUUGAGGAGAAAACUUAUCGCAACUGGAUGAAUUCAAUGGGUGUAGCGCCCUUUGUCCGUGACCUCUCCAGUGACCUCAGAAGUGGCCUUAUAUUUCUUCAACUCCUGGACGUUCUUGAACCCGGAACUGUGGCUUGGAAUAAGAUUGUCCGUGUCUUCGACCCAAAGCGACAAAUCUUCCAGAUGCAAGACAACUGUGCCUAUGUGGUUGAGUAUGCCAAUUUGCUAAAUGUUAACGUUGUCAAUUUAAGUGGAGAAGACCUCCGUACUGGCGAGAGGAAAUUGACCCUGGGGCUCACAUUUCAGCUGAUGCGUGCGUACACCAUGAAGAUGCUCUCUGAAUUGCACCAGUGUUGUGGUCACCUCGUUGAAAAGGACAUACUUGCGUGGGCCAAUGAGAGACUGGUUUCUGUGGGAGCCCCGAUGCUUGCCAGCUUCCGUGACUGCAGCAUCUCAAGCGGAGUCCCGGUUAUGAACCUCAUUAAUGCAAUUAAGCCCCACUCGAUAGACAAGUCUAUGGUGUUGAAAGACAAGCUAGCAAACUGUCGCAUUGCAAUUAGCACGGCGCGUAAAAUCGGGGCUCGCGUUUACGCUCUCCCAGAGCAUCUGAGAGAUGUGAAUCCAAAAAUGAUUAUGACGGUUUUCGCCUGUCUUAUGGCCCUUGACUUGCAACUUAACGGGGUGCAGUAA